UAUACACGCCAUAGCCAUCGAUCUCCGCCGCAGCUCCAUCAUCGAUCGCUCUCGAUCAGUCACCAGCAAAUACAACCUGUGUGUGUGUUGCGCCUACAUCUCAGGCAGCAAGCUAGCCAUGAGCACCGGCACCAUCCCCUUCGUGCGAUGCGCUACCAGUACCACGGUUAGCACCGCCACCGUCUUUGGCCGGAAGAGCCGCCGCCGUUGCAACGUGACAGCAAUGGCGACGGCAACGUCGUCGACGGGACGGGGUUCCGAGACCGAGAGCAUGAGGAGGGACUACUACAAGGUGCUGUCCCUGGAGCACCGGCCCGACGUGGGCGCGGAGGAGAUCAAGCGCGCGUACCGGCGGCUGGCGCUGCGGCACCACCCCGACGUGUGCCCGCCGUCGCGGCGCGCCGAGUCCACGGAGCACUUCCUCGAGCUGCGGCGCGCCUACGAGACGCUCUCCGACCCGGCGCGGAGGGUUCGGUACGACGCCGGCCUGAGGACGACAGACGGCGGGGAGGUGGCGAGGCCCAGGCCCGGCGUUGCGUGCGCGAGGAGCGUGUGGGAGUCCCAGCUGAGCGUGCUGCGCGCGCGCUCCGAGCAACGGCAGCGAGCGCGGAGCAGCCAGCCGCAGCGGCCGGUUUGAUUGGGUGCACGACGCGGGACAACAGAGUAGACGAUCCGUCUUCUGAUUCAUUCUUUGAUUAAUGAUUGUGCUUCAAUAAAGCACGACCAAAGUGCCUUUAUUUUUUUCCCAGUUCAUUCAUUAUAUCUGAAGGACCCUUGACUCAUAUGGCAUCUGUUGUUUACUGGGAUGUACUACAUUUUGUGUGAAAUGAAUGAAUAAAGAGGCCUUGACUA